CUCCAACGGAGUGAGCGCUCUGUCUUUACUGUGAUCUCUGCCUAACCACGUCGCUGCUACCGGACUGUAUCGGAGCUCCUGAGCUCACUGCCCAAAAGCCGCCGUGUUUACUUGUCCGCGGAUGGCAGCUGUGCUAGUGAUGCCGCGGUGGUUGUGGCUGUUUUCAGCGGUGCUGCUUAUCCUCCUGCCAUGCUGUGAGUGCGCUGCCGCCCGCCUGUACACGGAGCAGGACCCGCUGGUGAUCCUGACCAGGGACACUCUCCGGGCCACGCUGACCGACUCAUCCAGCGCUUGGUUGGUCCAGUUCUACUCGUCUUGGUGCGGACACUGCAUCCAGUACUCCAGUACAUGGAAAGCACUGGCCCGAGACGUGAGAGACUGGCAGGGGGCCAUCAGUGUAGCGGUGUUCGACUGUGCUCUGGAAGAAAAUUUUGACCUCUGCAGAGACUAUGGCAUCAAGUUCUACCCCACAUUCAAGUAUUUCAAAGCCCACAGUGGAGAGGCAGAGCGAGGGACCAUCUACAGAGGGGGUGAUAGAGAGAUCCCGUCAGUGAGACAGCUCAUGGUGAACAUCCUGCAGAACCACACCAGAGAGGAGAGACCGGAGCAGUGCCCAGAGCUCCGGCCCUACAGUUCUGUGGAGCUGCUGCCAUUGUUGGGACAGAAGUCCGACCACUACAUUGCCCUCAUUAUUGAAGAACCCAAAUCCUACACCGGCCGAGAAGUGAUCCUGGACCUUCUCCAGUACUCGGGGGUCCUGGUGCACAGGGCCCUAAGCACAGACCGCCCUCUGGUGGACGCACUGGGAAUUACCGAGCUGCCCGCAGUCCAUCUACUGCAACCUAAUGGCACCCACUACAGUCUGCACACGGAAAAGAGACUGCGGUUCUUCUUCACGUCACUCCUCAAAACCUUACCAGGAGUCCAGAGGAAAACCCAUACGAACAGCAGUGUCCUGAACCCACUGAAGGGGGCGCUGUCUCCACCACUGAACACCCAGCCCUGGAGGGACUUUGACCGGUCUCUGGUGUAUGCGGCCGAUCUGGAGUCUGCUCUUCACUACCUGUUCAGGGUCGAGCUAGCCUCUCACAACUCUCUGGAGGGGGAGGAGCUACACACCUUCAAAGACCUGGUCACUCUGCUCGCCAAGCUUUAUCCAGGAGGGGGCGCAGUGGUGAAGCUCAUGGAGACACUGUCUGAUUGGCUACUGAGUCUGCCUCUUCAGAAGAUCCCCUAUCAGGCCGUUUUAGACCUGGUGGACAACAAGAUGAAGAUCUCAGGUGUGUUCUUAGGUGCUGACCUGCGCUGGGUGGGGUGUCAAGGCAGUGCUCCGGGUUUCCGUGGUUACCCGUGUGCCCUCUGGACCCUGUUCCACGUGUUGUCCGUAAGCAGACAGGCCACGCCGUCGGCUCUGCGGCACACGGCCCUGGAGGCGGAACCUGCACCCGUGCUGAACGUGAUGCGCCGUUACAUCAGGACCUUUUUUGGUUGCGAGGAGUGCGGCAAGAACUUUGAGAAAGCUGCCUCGUCUGACAGUGCCGUGGGGAUUAAGAGCCCAGAGGAAGAGGUGAUGUGGCUUUGGAACCAACACAAUGAGGUGAACUACAGACUGGCAGGCUCCCUGAGUGACGACCCCCUGUUUCCUAAAGGGGCGUGGCCUCCUCCGUCUUUGUGCGCGCCCUGUCACAUGGAGAACCGGGGCCUGCACAGCUUCAACCACCAGGAGGUACUCAACUUCCUGCUCCACCACUAUGGAGAGACCAACCUGUCCCGGAAGUAUGCCCUGGAGCCCGCCAUAGCCAUGGAGAAUGAAAAGGAGAGAGGUGACAAGAAGAAAGAAGAGGAGGCGGAGGGAGGAGGAAAGGAGAGAGGAGACAAGAAAAAAGGAGAGGAGGAGGGAGGAGGAGAGGAGAGAAAAGACAAGACGAAAGGAGAGGAAGAGGGAGGAGAGGAAGAGAAAGAAAACAAAGAAAAAAGAGAUAAGGAGGUAGGCGAGAACAAUAGCGCAAACAAGGACGCUAGCAAGGAUGUAGCUGACAAAUUGGACGGUUAUCGUAAGGCAGAUGAAGCUGGGGCGCAGGAGGACCACGCCAGAUCCGCGGAGGAGAGGGUGGGUGCGAGCGGGGAGCAGGGGAAUCGAACCCUCGCCCUGGGCUUCAACAGUGUGGACAUGAGCCUGUGCCUGCUCCUGUACGUCGGCUCCUGCGUCUUCCUCAUGCUGCUCUUCUUCUUCUUCAGGGUGCGUUCGAGACGUUGGAAGCCGCGCCCCCCGAAGUUUGCCGUGUGAAUUACGAGACACACACACACACACACAAAAAAGGAAAUUUAAACCAUGCCACUGCCCCCUGAGCCCGACGUCAGGUUCAGGGAUGAGUUUGGAUUUUAAAGGUGCUGUACCUGAUUUUUGCUGUCUUCAAAGCGUGAAAAACAGCUUGUUCAAUUUAAACAGUUCGCAAUGGUCCAAAGUUAUUCCUCUCUUACCUUAUGCAUUCCAAGCAUCCAAAUUAUUCGCUGCAAAGUUUAUAAGUACUUUUUCCAACGUUUCAGAGACCAGUCAUGCCGUGUUGAGGCUAAUCACAUCUAGCAUGCUAACACACUUCUUGGAAACGUUUUAUAAAUGGAUGCAGACAAUACACUCUCGACUUAUUUUGAUCUUUAGAGCUGCUCAUACAAUAUAUCUGUACUGGGGAGAGAGACAUUUUACUCAAAUACAUGGGAAAAAUCAGGUACAGCCCCUUGUAACGUGGAAUUUCGUGGAAUUUCGUAACUUUUCACAUGAAAGGUCCAGGCUUUUAAAUCACUUUUACACCUUAGUUUUGGUAUCAUGUUUACCUGGCUCUCUCUCACAUCAUAGAAAUCAUAACAGCCGCAUAUUUGCCUGUCACGAUAACAAAUUUUGAAGUUUGGUAUAUUUCUGAAGUAAAUAGACGACUAUAUUUAAAGUAAUUUAUUCACACAG